AUGGAAAACAAUUUAAACGAAAAACAAGGCGAAAAAUGUGGGGAAAGGGAAAAGGAUUUAAUUAAUGAUACAAUUGAAGUGCGUUCCUUAUGCAUAAAUUGUGAAAAAGAAGGAAUAAACAAAAUUGUGAAAAUUGAAAUUCCUUAUUUUAAAAACACAUUAAUACAUUCUUUUGAGUGCGAAUUUUGUAAUUAUAGAAAUAAUGUUAUUCAAGAUUUAAAUACAAUAAAGGAGAAAGGUAUCAAAAUAAUAUUUAAAAUAACAAAAAAAGAACAUUUAGAUAGACAAUUAAUAAAGUCUGAAUAUGGAGUUUUUAAAAUUCCUGAAAUAGAUUUUGAAAUCCCGAAAGAAACACAAAAAGGGUCUAUUAAUACAAUAGAAGGGUUUAUUCAAACUUCCCUAAAUAAUCUUAGUGAUUAUGUAAAGAAUUUAAAGGAUAUGUAUAAUAGGGUUAAUAAAAUUAGUGAGGACACACUUAAUGAAGAGAAGGGGGGAGAAGUACAGAAAAAUGGGAAUGGCGAAAAUAUAGAACAUAUCGAAAUACCAAAAAAAACACCCACGAAAGAGGAAAACAAUGAAGCGAGAAAUGCAGCUAAGGACCAUACGAACGAACAAUUAAAAGGAAAAGAUAAUGAAAAUACAGAUGACGAAAAAGGAAGCCGCGGUUAUAUAAAAGAUGAACGUUCAUCUAGUGCAAACGAAAAGUAUCAACAAAUAACAAUAGAAAAUUAUAUUAAAAUGAUUGAGUCAACUAUCCAUAAAUUAUCCUUAUUUAUUAUAUCAAAAGAAUUACCCUUCACAGUUGAAAUUGUGGACCCUUCUGGGUUAAGCUCACUAGAACAUUAUGAUGAAGAUGUGAACACAAAUGUAGUCACUGUUCAACAUUAUGAGAGAAAUAAAGAAGAGUUAAAUGAAUUAGGUUUUUAUGAAGAGGAUUUUGAAGAAAAAAGGAUAGUUGACGAAAAAAAAGAAGUUGACGAAAAGAGCCAAGUUUACGAAAAUAGACAAACUGACGAAAAAGAAGACCAUGGAGGAACUAAUUCGAACACAAAGGAAAUAAAAGUAAAGGAUGAUGGAAAUAAUAUAAAAAAAGAAAACUUCGAUUUUAUAAAAAAAUACGUUCACAUGCAUAAUGACACUGGAAACACUUGUAUGAAAUAUAAGAAUAUAAGUGAUGAGGAGGAAGGGAAAUUAAUUGAAUCCUUUACAUCGAAUUGUCCAUGUUGCAAUUAUUUAGGUGUUAAUAAUUUUUGUGAAAUUAGCAUACCAGGUUUUAAAAAAUGUCUAAUUUUAUCAUAUGUUUGUGCUAAUUGUAAUUUUAAAACAAGCGAAAUUAAAAGUAGUGGGGAAAUUAACCCCAGAGGGAAAAAAAUUAUACUCACUGUUAGAAAUAAAUGUGAUUUAAAUAGAUUUGUAAUUAAAUCCGAAACAGCAUCAAUUCAUAUUCCGAUUGUUGAUUUAACAUCUGAAUAUGGCACACUUGGUGGUACUCUAACUACUGUUGAAGGGCUAAUUAUAAAAAUAAUAGAAUCUUUGGAAGACAAGUUUAAAUUUUUACUUGGUGAUUCGAACAUUAACACUCACAAUCAUGAGAACGGAAAUGAAAAAAAAAGCAUGAACAUAACAAUAAAUAGCGAUGCUUCUUUUACACAUAAAAUUAAAAAUCUAAUUUCUAAUUUAUACAAAUUAUGUAAAACAGAAGAAUUGUGUCCUUACGAUUUGAUCAUUGAUGAUAUUGCCUCAAAUAGUUAUAUAUCUAGUGAUAAAAUUGAUGAGGAUGAAAAUUUAAAAGAAGAAGAAUAUGAAAGAACAUAUGAACAAAAUGACAUGCUAGGUCUUACUUCUAUGGUAACGGAAAAUUACUAA